UCUCUGGGUAUGCUGCCGGCCCUGGGAACAUGCACGCACUCCUUGCCACUCUUCUCCUCGCUGCUCUGCCACGGUUCUGCUGCAGGGCACAGGGCACUGGGUCAUUAGACACACCUGAAGGAAGGCCUGGAGAAGUAUCAGAAGUGCAUCAUCGUAAGCAGUUUUGUCACUGGCCCUGUAAAUGCCCUCGGAAGCCCAGCUGCCCUCCUGGAGUGAGCUUGGUGAGGGAUGGCUGUGGAUGCUGUAAAAUCUGUGCCAAGCAACCAGGGGACAUCUGCAAUGAAGCCGACCUCUGCGACCCACACAAAGGGCUAUAUUGUGACUACUCAGCAGACAGGCCUAGGUACGAGACGGGAGUAUGUGCAUACCUUGUAGCUGUGGGAUGUGAGUUCAACAGGGUACAUUAUCAUAAUGGCCAAGUGUUUCAGCCCCAUCCCCUGUUUAGUUGCCUCUGUGUGAGUGGGGCCAUUGGAUGCACACCUCUGUUCAUACCGAAGCUGGCUGACAGUCACUGCUCUGGAGCUAAAGGUGGAAAGACGUCUGAUCAAGCCAACUGUGGCCUGGGACCGUUAGAACAGCAACUCUCAACAACCUACAAAACAAUGCCAGCUUAUAGGAACCUUCCACUUAUUUGGAAAAGAAAAUGUCUUGUGCAAGCAACAAAGUGGACUCCCUGCUCCAGAACAUGUGGGAUGGGAAUAUCUAAUAGGGUAACCAAUGAAAAUAGCAACUGUCAAAUGAGAAAGGAGAAAAGACUGUGUUAUAUUCAGCCUUGUGACAGUAAUAUAUCAAAGACAGUAAAGAUCCCCAAAGGAAAAACAUGCCAACCUACUUUCCAACUCUUCAAAGCUGAAAAAUUCGUCUUUUCUGGAUGUUCAAGCACUCAGAGUUAUAAACCGACUUUUUGUGGACUAUGCUUGGAUAAGAGAUGCUGUGUUCCUAAUAAGUCUAAAAUAAUUACCAUUCAAUUUGAUUGCCCAAAUGAAGGGUCAUUUAAAUGGAAGAUGCUGUGGAUCACAUCUUGUGUAUGUCAGAGAAACUGCAGAGAUCCAGGAGAUAUAUUUUCUGAGCUUGAGAUUCUAUAAACCAAGGACAUGGGGAAAAAUUAAGGUCAGUCGUCAUGUCAUUACAUAACAAAGUUAGAAUGGUUUUAAAAAGGUGUCAAAUCUACUUUACUGGUUAAAACAGUAAGAAUGCCCAACUAUUCUCAGAUGACUAUGUUUACGGCAUUAGGAGCUUUUCAAAAGGUUAUCCUACAAACGUACGUAAAAUUCGAAAACCUUAAAAUUGAACUUAAUAAAAUGUAACUUAUAUAAUACACACUUUAUUCCACUUAUGUUUUCCAUAUAUAAUGGAAAAACUAUACAAUUUAUAAGAAAAUAUUUUAUUCUAUAAAAUAAUCUGGCAUACUUUGAAGAUAUGCAAAAAGCAUAUUAAAAUUUUAAACCUUUAUCUGUACUUUAACAAUGUAGCCUAGGUUCCACUCAGAUGAUAAUCAUUACAGGGUGAGCAAGAUUCUACACUAAUUCUUAAAUAGCAAUAAGGUUAAACUGUAAAUAUAUUUAUAGUUUUCAUUGUCCUGUCCUCAAUAUGUUUAUUAAGAUUUCUUUGGGAAGGAGAAAAUGGAACUUCAUUGGCCACUGUUGACAUCCUUAAUCUAAAAGUUUUUAUACCAAAUACUGUAAAAAUCUAAAUAAAGAUGAAGAGCAGUAUCCUUUGAAAAGUAACAAAAAACAUAACACUAAAGAAAGCACGUAAUUGAUUAUUUUGGCUUGAAAAGAAUUUGUUUCUAAAAAUUUCUUCCUGAAAUGAUAAAUCAAUAUGGAUUUGAGAUGUAAACUGUGAUUAAAGAUGAAUAAUUGUUAAAAAUUAAAACUGGAGAUUAUGGUAAUUGAAACAUUUUCAUUAGACUAUUAUAGCCAUUUACUGCAAAGUUUGGAAGACAAUAUCAAGUUCUGUAAUGUUCUGUUCACUUGUAUAAAUGGUGACAAGCAAAAUGAUAACAAGUAGCAUUGUUUAAAAAUAUGGACAUUUAUUAUUACAAAAUCAACUGGUUUGAUAACAAAGUAUUAUACUUAAAAAUAAUUUAUCACAAAUAUGUUAAAAUAAAUGUAAAUUGCGAUUGAGUGCAAACAAGUGGUUAUCCAAUGAAGAAACAAAACCUCCUUAAUAGUUGUAAUAAAAUCUAUCCCUGAAGUUAGUGGAUAUCACACAGAAAUAUUUAUAUUGUGUUCUUCUACUCUAUGAACUUAUUUUUAAAGAAUCAGGUGAAUUUAAACAGAAUAUGAAAACAUAAAUUAUAAAUAAAUAUAAAAAUAUAUCUGUACAAGAUUUUUAUUGAAGACGUGAUUAUUACUGUAUAAAUGUCUAAAUAUGAGAUUAUAAAUAAAGUAAAAUAUUGAAGAACUCUGUUCUUUCAAUUUUAUUUAUUUAUUUAUUUAGGCGAGGCAACCCUUAG